AAACAAAGGAAGUAGAAAAAAUAAAAUAUAGGAAGUUGGGUGAGAUUAGUACAGAAUAAUUAGGGGAAAAAGAAAGAAAGAAAAAAAAACAAAGAAGAAAAGAAACACAAUGCAACGAUGUCGUUCGGUGCACCUAGCCGUUGACGCGCCGGAAGGUGUCUUUUCCUGACAAAAGGAGAUAAAUAGAUGGCAAAGUUGUUGGUUUGGCGAUAAAUUGAAUUGAAUUGAAGUCGCCGAGAGAGAGGAAAAUGCCGAAGAGAACAACGCACACCUACUCCAGCGAAGACGCAGCGCCGGACGGACCUGAUUCUGAUCUCUUCGUCUACUAUUGCAAGCACUGCGGAUCCCAUGUCCUCAUUACUGAUACCCAAUUGCAGAAGAUGCCAAAAAGGAAGACUGACAAAGCAUAUGUGUUGGACAAGAAAAACCAUCUUGCAAGGCUUAACGUUAGUGAAGCUGGAAAGGUUCUCUUAAAGAGGGGGGAAGGGAAGCUGGAGAAGCAAUUCCGUAUGAACUGUAUAGGAUGUGGCCUGUUUGUUUGUUAUCGCGCAGAGGAAGAUUUAGAAGCUGCGUCGUUCAUUUAUGUUGUCGAUGGUGCACUUAGUACAGUUGCUGCAGAAACAAACCCGCAAGAUGCUCCUGUUCCACCCUGCAUAUCACAGUUAGAAGGAGGACUUGUUCAAGUGGCCAUAGAGGUGGAAGAUCGUGCACAACGUUCAGCAAUUACAAGGGUAAAUGCUGAUGAUGUCCGGGUUACUGUUGCUGCACCAGCAGCCCGGGGUGAAGCUAACAAUGAACUAUUGGAAUUCAUGGGAAAGGUUUUGGGUCUAAGACUGAGUCAGAUGACACUUCAGAGAGGAUGGAAUAACAAAUCAAAGCUCCUAGUGGUGGAGGACCUGUCUGCCAGACAGGUGUACGAGAAACUUCUGGAAGCUGUUCAACCUUGAAGCAAAAAUUUUUGGUAGUGUCCUUUUUUACCCUGAACUUUUAAUGGUUGUUAGUUAUGAGAAGCAAUCUGUGUAAUCAAUUACCGAUUAAGUGAUUCAGUUUUAUAACCUUAGUUGUAUGAAUGAAUUUUGCUUGAAUUCGUGAUAACUUUCAUCAAGACUUAGAGACUUUGUGUGUACACGGUACUUUUUUGAGAAAAUGUGCGGAUUAGGAUACAAGUUUUGUCGUUUUUUCUAUUUAAGAGUGUGAAUUUUGCAGGUUUCUAAUUAAGGCAGCAAACUUUC